CGUGCCACGUUUAGGGCGUCGGAUUGGACAAUUAAUAGUCCGAAAAUUGUUGCACUCGUUUGUGCGGCCGGCCUCUAGUGCACUGUAGGCCGGCUGGUUAGCGCCGAGCGUGCGCGCGACCGCGCUUUGCUCGCCCUCGGGGAAGAUAACGAGCUUGGGGGCGCGCGCGGAGGCAGCGGCUGCCCCAGCCCCAAAGAAGGCGAAUGCAGCGGUCCUUAAAGCGGCCGUCCGCGGGUGAGGAAGAGUUUCUGGCUCUCGCCGCCAGCGCAUUGGUCUGCUGUGGUGAAACUUGACAACUGUACAGAAGAUGGCUGCUAGCAAGACGAAAAACCAGAGUUCUCUGGCCCUCCAUAAAGUAAUCAUGGUUGGCAGUGGUGGUGUUGGCAAAUCAGCCCUUACACUUCAAUUUAUGUAUGAUGAGUUUGUUGAGGACUAUGAACCUACAAAAGCUGACAGUUACAGAAAGAAAGUUGUUCUGGAUGGUGAAGAAGUCCAGAUAGAUAUUUUGGACACAGCAGGUCAAGAAGAUUAUGCAGCUAUUCGAGACAACUACUUUCGUAGUGGAGAAGGUUUCCUUCUAGUUUUUUCCAUUACUGAGCAUGAAUCCUUUACAGCAACAGCAGAGUUUAGGGAACAGAUCUUACGUGUGAAAGCUGAAGAAGACAAAAUACCUUUGCUUGUGGUGGGAAAUAAAUCUGAUUUGGAAGAUCGCCGACAAGUGCCUGUAGAAGCAGCCAGAAGUAAAGCAGAGGAGUGGGGUGUGCAAUAUGUAGAGACAUCUGCAAAAACCAGAGCAAAUGUAGAUAAGGGGGCACAGAUCUUUCAGUAA